AUGGCGGCCAGAAAGACGGUCCCCAAAGCCACGACGGCCAGAAAGACGGUCCCCCAGACCAAGACGGCCAGGAAGACGGUCCCCCAAACCACGACGGCCAGAAAGACGGUCCCCCAGACCACGACGGCCAGAAAGACGGUCCCCCAGACCAAGACGGCCAGGAAGACGGUCCCCAAAACCACCCCGGCCAGACACACCGCCGCACACGCCCUCUCCGCCGCCCUCCGCAACGACGAGGUCCCCACCGACCCUCGCGUCCUCGCCGACUUCGGCUUCGACCGCUGCUUCUCCGGCCCCGACCGCGCCCACCUCUCCAUGGUCUACGCCGCCCUCAUGAUCGAGCUCGGCGUCCGCCCCAACGAGCUUAACAAGUGGCUCGCCGGCGACGGCAACAGCGAUGAUGGAGAAGGAAGAGGAGGAGGAGGGGGAGGAGGCCUCAAGCGCGUCGGCGAACGCAUCCGCGCCCGCUUCGCCGCCGCUAAGGCCGGCCGCCUCCGCCCCGGCCCCCACCUCGCCUGGUUCCGGGACCACCAGUACGUCUGGGACGACGACGCCGACGCCCCCGGCCGCGCCAGGGCCGAGGCCGCCGCCCGCCGCAUGAUCAACAAGAAUCUCGCCACCCUGCGCAAGAAGGUCAAGAAGGGCGAGCGGGACGAGGUCUUUGACUGGUGGUCCUGA